UUGGGUGAACCCCGACCACGUGGACGAGCGGGGCGACUUUUUCCUCCACCUUCCGCACAGCCCGAGCAGCCCGACAUGUCCGCGGGAGGCCAGGCCACCCGGAGCCGCGAAAUCCCGGCCGUCCGCCGGGUCGCCAUCCACGACGCUGCCCACAUGCCCCAGGACUACUCCACCACCCCGGGAGGAACCCUGUUCAGCACCACGCCAGGAGGUACCAGGAUCAUCUACGACAGAAAGUUCCUCCUCCAGUGUCGGACGUCCCCGCUGGCCCGGACGCCCCCCAACCUGCCGGACAUCCCGGGGGUCACCCGGCCCCUCAACUCCGACUCCAGCCACCCGGAAAAGCCCCCCCCCAGCAGCAGCAAGAGCCAGCAGCAGGCGCACGCCCAGAACGCCGCCGAAGACGCGCAGUUUGAAAUGGACAUCUGACGGACGCCCGCUGGAGGACAGGGGCGCCGUCCUCACUCAGCUGUGUUUGAUUUCAGAUUUGUUCUGGAAAAAAGAACAAAAAAACGUUUUACUUUUUGGAAUACAGAAAUCUGUAUUCAAAUGUUGUACUUUUAUAAAAACAAAAAGACAAAAAAAAACUGAAAAAAAAAAAACGACAAUAGCUGAUGCAUAACAAUGUUUUUCACUUUGAUGCCACUUGGCUUUGUAUGAUAUGAGACAUAUGACAAGCAAGUCAGCUUUGUGGGGAAAAUAAAUGUUUUAUAAGUUAUCAUGAACAAAAUACCAUUUUGUGAUUAUAUUUAUCAUAAUGAGAUGUUUUUUUUUUUUUGCACCUUAGCUGUCCUUUAGCUAUAGAAG